UGCCACGCCGUCCUUCCCUCACCCUCGACAACGCCAAGCAUGUUGUUCGCAUGAUCCGGCAGCAGCUCAGACUCUCAAAUGCUCAUUGCAGAUGAUACCCCUUCCCGCCGAGACGGUUCUGACUCCAACUGGUACCGAUACUCAGAACUCAGCACCAGCCGCUUACUUGCGCAUUGCACUGUGAACCGGCCCGGAACGAGUCUCAGCAACGUCCAGCUGCCGCGGCGUACAGGUCCCCGCCAAGCUACUCGUACCCUCUGCGCAGGGAGCCUUCAGCCCCGUCGCUCGACCAACCGGCAGCCAUGGCUUCUGUCUCAUCCAACCAGCCCUCUCAACGGAGCUUUGGUGGCGGCUCCUCCACCACUCAGGAUAGGCCUCUGCUCUCGACAAUGAAUCUCGACAUCCUCAGGACCCUGACGGAGAAGAGAACCACACGAGAUGGACAGCCGCAGAAACGAAGGGGGCCAAAGCCAGACAGCAAGCCAGCCCUCACAAGGCGGCAAGAGUUGAACCGGCAGGCCCAGAGAACCCAUCGAGAGCGCAAGGAGCUCUACAUCAGGGCGCUCGAGGACGAAGUGCUGCGGCUAAAGGAGAUCUUCAGCCACGUGUCGCAGGACAAGGAGCGCCUCGCCGAGGAGAACCGGCAGCUCAAGGCCAUCCUCGCCCAGAACGGGCUCGGUGUCGGGGCGCUGAUUGGCCGCGGCGGCGGCGGCGGCGGUGUUGGGGAUGACUCGGUGAGCAACCCGAGCGUCGGCUACUCACCGAGCAGCAGCAUGGCGGGCAGCUACAUCCCGGCCUCCAGCAACACAACCGCCCUUACGCCGCCACCGCUAUCAGCAAGCAACGGGAGCCACGGCGGCGGCGGCGGCAUGUCGCCGCACAGCGCAGCAUACUCCCAUGGCGGCCACCACCAGCACCACCCAUCCGUCCAGGGGAACCCGAGCGCCGGCGCGGGAGUGGGGAGCCAUCCGAACCAGAAUCUGAAUCUGGAUUAUGAGCAGGCCGGCAUUGACUUUGUCUUAACCCUCGAGAAGCCGUGCAUGAACCACCUGCCCUGGAUGCUGGAGCGCAACUCCGAAACAGGCGGCCGCGAGCCGUGCGGGCACGCGCUGAUGGCCUCGUGCCCGCCCCAGCCCUUCUCCCAGCUCUCGUCCGACAUCCCCUUCAGCCAUCACCAGCACCAGCUGCACCAGCCGCAGCAGCAGGCGCAGCAGCAGCAGCGCCUUGACAGCCAAAACAACAACAACAACACCACCAACGACAGCAACUACAAUGUCAAUAUCGACAACGACGGCUCCUCCACGCCGGGCACGUGGACGCUCAACAAGGGCGACCUGGCGACGCUGCUGGACCUGAGCCGGCGGCUGAACCUGGACGGCGAGAUCACGCCGGUCAUGGCCUGGGGCAUGGUGCUGGCGCACCCGCGGCUGGGCGAGCUGCGGGCCGAGGACUUCGCACGGCUGGCGGAGGAGCUGCUCGGGAAAGUCCGCUGUUAUGGAUUCGGGGCCGUGCUGGAGGAGUUCGAGGUGCGCGAUGCGCUGGAAAACAUUUUCUCCACUAAACCUGAUUUUGGAACUGGGUAUUGAAUGCUUAUGGUUAUGGUUAUCUAUGGCGUUGGCUUUUGUCGUGGUAAGUACACUUCGGGCAGAGGGUUAAAGGUUGGAUGGAAGUCUGUUGCCUCGCUUGGUUGGCUAGACGGAGGUUAUCUCGCUAAGUACGAUUACAAUGUUUGUUGGCGCAUGGUGUCUCUGAAGCUUCGCAUCGCCGGCCAGAGCGAAAGCAGGCCGAGACCUCAGUAAUGCAUGGAAUCCGCGCUCUGCCUGUCAAAGAGCAGAGGCUUUGCACGU